AUGAAGCAACGAGUCUGUGGAGAAAAAGCCGAGCAUCUGAGGAUAACUGUGCAGAGGGAUGCUUUGCACUGUGUGGCUGUAGCAACCUAUGUGCAAGCCACAGAGGGAGGACUACUUGACCUUGAGCUUCCGGAUUCACAGCCACUUAGUGAACCAGUUAUCGUACUCCUCAAAUCUAAUCGCGCUGACAGUAUUAAUUCAAAGAAAGAAUGUAAAGUUGACCUGACGUUCACCACAGAAUGCUAUAACCCAGAGGAAGGUGAAGAACGUUUGGGGAAUUGUUCUGCUCAAGUGUUUUUCAGGAAUGAGAAACCCAGACCUGCCGUUAAUGUCACUUGUACACGGUUCAUUGAGAAGAGCAGAAGACAGCAAGAGGAUCACCUGCUGUACCAGCACAUGAAGCGACUCAAAAACCCCUUGGAUGUAGUCGGCAUACCCGAUAGUCAUGGUCAUAUUGAUCCCUCUCUGAGACCCAUCUGGGAUUUAGCUUUUCUUGGCAGCUCUUAUGUGAUGUGGGAAAAGACAACGCAGUUUUUACAUUACUACAUGGCACAACUCAGCAGUGUGAAGCAAUGGAAAACAAAUGAUGAUGCGAUUGAAUUUGAUUAUACUGUUCUACUCCAUGAAUUCUCAACACAGGAACUCAUUCCCUGUCGCAUUCGCUUGGUCUGGUACCCUAGCAAAGCACUUAAAGUGAAGUACCACUGUCAAGAGCGACAGACGCCAGAAGAAGCCUCUGGAACUGAAGAAGGAUCGGCUGUGGCACCGACAGAGCUUAGUAAUUUCUGAAAAGAAGAUAUGCUUAUUCCAAAUUCUAAACAAAAUGACAGUACUAAGUAGCCUAAAUCAUUAUUCUAUUACGUAAUUAAGGUAUAAGGCCUUCUAAUAAUUAGGGAAAGCCUGUGAUACUCAAAAGUUAAAAGAUGUUGGGGCUUUUUUAAAGAUAAUAUAUUUCAACGAAAGCAAAUUAUAGGAAUAUUAUAUGUUUAAAAGGAAUUUUACUAUAUUUUAUGAUUUCA